CAAAGAAGGUUUGUUUUGUUUCAUUUAUUGGUUAGAUUAAUAAUUUUUUAUUAUAUUUUUUCGAAUUUAAUUACUUGCUUACUAAUGAAUAAAUAGCUAAUAUCAAAUUAUACUCAAAAACUCAAUGUGUUAGUGAGUUCUUAAAGUGUUAAAAGUUUAAGAGAAACAAGCGCUUCAACUGAUAGGCAAAGGAUAAAGACCAGCGGUAGAUAAAAUAAAUAAUAGCUCAAAAUUUAAUAUGAUGACAUCGAUUAAUCUACUUAGAGUUAUUAGCAAGCAAUUAGCAAAGAGAGACCUCAGAGUGUGAAUUAGAGGUAAAGAAUUGUAAUAGAGUCUCCUAACUCAAAAUCAACAAAAUCGACCCAAUCAAAAGAAAAUAAUUUUUACAUAAAGUGGAAUUUGGUAGACUUGAAAGGGAACUAGUAGAAUUCAAAACUAUCAUUAACAUCGAAAAACACCUCCUAAAAUAUAUUAAUCAAUCACAAUAUGUCUUCAAUACAUAGUAAAAGUAAUAAAUAUGAAAAGCCUAUUUAGAGAAUUUUUUAACAAAUCUAAUAAUCAUAGAUUGCUAAUCAAAGCUACAUUCAAAAAGGAGACUAUCUAAAUGAAGAAUAAUAAAAAGACUCAUUUAUUUUUAUAAACGAAAGUAGCAAUACAAAAGAAAAUAAAAUAAGUAAAAAUGAUUAAUUAUUGUCUAAUAAAUAUUCAUAUGUUUUGUAAAAUAGCUAAUUAUUUAAAAGGUAAGCACAAAUAAAAUAAACUUUACCUGUAAAAUUUUAAAAUUUGUAUGAAAUAAAUGUAAUUGAUAUCGAAGAUAUCAAAUAAUAAUUUCCUGCCAAUCAAAAUGAUAUGCUUACUCUGAGUCACUAAACAAUAUAGAACAAUUUUCCAACUUAAAUUAAUAUUUUAAGUGAUAAAAAUCUAUCUAGCGAAGUAUAGUCAGCAGCUCAAAAUUAAAAAAAUGGCGAAUAAUUUAAUAUCAAAAAGACCGACAUUUCAAAUUAAGGUAAAAGUCUUUUCUAAAGACAUAAUUAAUAAAUUAUGUAAGGAAGUAACCACAUUUAAACACAAUAAAAUGUUAAAUCUGAAUAACAAAAACUAAUAAAUCAUACUUAAGAUAAUAAUAACUCAAGUAUUAUUAUAAAUAGCGAAUAAUUCAUUGACAAGCUUAGCGAUAAAUCAAAUAAAACAAAUUAUUUGCUACAUCACCAACUUUCUUUGAGGAAUUUGAAUGAUGGGGAAUCUCCUACAAAAAGAAAUUAAGAAAAGAGAAGAUAAACAUUUUAACCAAAUAUCAAAUCUGUUCAUUAAAACUAAGAAGCUUUAUAUCAGAAAUCAGAAUGUCUUUCUUUACAUCAAAAUCCACUUAUUUAAUAGGAACAAACUAAAUAAAAUUAAGUGAUCAGCUAAUAAAAUACUGUAACCAGCCAAAAUUAACAAAAUGUUCCAAUUAAAUAAGAUUAUAAUAAUUGUGGGUAUGAUGAUUUAGCAUUGCCUAAAUACUAAUAAGCUAGACAAAAAUUAGAAUUCUGUUUAUUAGAUAUCAUAGAAAAAUUAGAGAAAGAAGUUGUGCAUGAAUUAGAUAACAAUCAAUUCUAAAAAAAGUACUUCAUUAAAAUAUCGGAAAUUUUGAAUGAGAGAGUUUCUAGUAUUUUAAUAAGAAUGAAUGAGAUGCUUGGAGAGGGAAAUAACAUAAACUAGUUUGUUUAGUACUUAAACUCAUUCUUCAAUUACAUAUUUACUCUAGCAACAGAACAAAUGGAUAUAUGUGUUAAAAAAAAAGUUGAAGAAGAGUGCUAAAAUUAUAUAGAGGAAAUUUCCUUUCUAAAAAAAAGUAUUAACAAUAAAAUAAAUAACUAAAUUGUUUCAGACCGUAAAAUUUAGAAACUUGAAGAAGAAAUAAACCAUUUGAAAAAUGCAUUAAACGAUGAAAAAAACAGAUUGCAAUUAUAAGUAAAUAUGUUGGAAGAAAGAAUUGAAGAAAUGACUGAUUUAGAUAAAGCUUAAGAGAAAUAUGAUGAAAUGAGAGGGAAAAUCUAAGAGAUGCAGAUGUUUAUAAAGAGUUUAUAACAAGAUAAUAGAUCAACCAAAUAAACACUAGAAGACAACUUAUGUUCUUUAGGACAUUCUCUAAUGGUGAGAGCUAAGGAUUCAAUUGAAUAUCAAGAGACCAUUAGAUAGUAAUUUAAUUUUUUCAGGAUUAAAGAUCAAACUUUACAUUCUAUUCUUAACGACCAUCCAUUCCUUUCAGCUUUCGUAUAUAAUAGAACCAUCUAAUCUACAAAUAUAGAGAUUACAGAAGAGUAUAUGCUGCACAGAUUGAAAUUGUUCUUUAAGAACUUAAAAACUGAAGAUUUGUUUGAUAAAAAUGCAGCUGAAGCCUUCAUGGAGUAUAUACUUAGUGUUUCAAAAAUAUAAUAUGAGGCAUUCUAAGAGAUUGAAUAAAUAAUUCGCUAUAUAUUGUAAAUAGAGGAGAAGCCUUUAUCAAUCUUUUUUUAGAAAUUAUUCGGAAUUGCUGGCUUUUAAAUGCCAUCUUAAUUAGCUUUAAAUGAAAUUUUAUAAAUUAAUAAAGAAUUAAAUUAAACGCACAUUAAUGACCUGGAAGACUUUGUUAGUUAUAAUUAAGAAGUAGAUCUGAUGAUUUCAGCAAUAGUUUCGAAUUAAAAUGUAGCAAUAGACUAUAGAAAUUAUUUUAAUAAUAAUUAAAAAUAAUAAAAGUGCUAAUUGCUUAGCCACUUGCUGCAGUCUAUUACAGUGUAAGAAGAAAUAGAGAAAAACGACUAAAUAUAUAAUUAAUUAACUGUGUCUUCAAGUGAAACAAUAUAAACAUUCGAAACUAAACUCAGUUUUAAAUAUAUAAAAGAACUAGCCUCAAAUUUGAAGAUCAAACCAUUCACUCUUCUCAAUUAUAUAAUUUAAACAUAUGAUAGAUACUCUAAAGAAAGAAAAAAAGACUAAAACACUAAAUAAACAACCUUUCAGCUAAAUAGUAAUUUUAUACCAAAAGUUAUGUGUGACUGCUAUAAAAACUUGAAAAAGUUUUAGUUGAUGUAUUAUGUAGAUUCAGAUAAAAUUUCAAAACUAAGCUAACAGCACUUGAGCUAAUCUAAAUCUCCAAGUACAUUAAUUUAUAUUGAUAGUAUCUUAGAAGAAGAAUAAAAUUUAUAGGAUAUGAGGAGAUAAUCUCCAUAAAAGGUGUUAUAAGCUAAAAAAAGAUAAGUAGAAAGGAAAAAAACACUAAUAAGCAAUAUGAAAAAAAUUAAAAAUAGUCUUAUGCUAAUAAACGUAGCAAGUAAUUAAAAGGGAAAAGGAAAUUUAUUGAAAGUAGGUUAAAGCCCAAGCUAAAAUUAAUUGGAUUCUUCUUUGAGCAGUAGAUAAUCAUAACACCAAUAAUCUCCUAAGUCAAUUAAGAAAUGA